AUGAGAGCGUUAUCGCCUCUCUUUCUUCUUCUUCCUUCCUUUCUUUCUUUCUUUCUUUCUUUCUUUCAUAUUUGUUUACCAUGUCUUACUUUUUCCACACUUCUGUUCUUUCUUUCUUUUUUUUCUUUCUUUCUUUCUUUCUUUCUUUCUUUCUUUCUUUCUUUCUUUCUGAUUUUGGAAAUGUUAAACAGCACGCAAGUAGUUCUCCCCCUCUCUCUCUCUCUCUCUCUCUCUCUCUCUCUCUGCCUCUCUCUGCCUCUCUAUGUGAAAUCUAUCUAUCUAUCUAUCUAUCUAUCUAUCUAUCUAUCUAUCUCGUUAACAUCAAAUAAGAGGAUAACAGCCAGAAUGUACAAAAUAUAUUUAUCUAUCUAUCUAUCUAUUUCAGUCUAUUUAUCUACAUCUAUCUAUUUCAUCUAUCAUAUCAAUCUCAUUUCAUUUAUCUAUCUAUCUAUCUAUCUAUCUAUCUAUCUAUCUAUCUCUUUCAGUCUUUUCAUAUCUAUCUAUCUAUUUCAGUCUUUUCAUAUCUAUCUAUCUAUCUAUCUAUCUAUCUAUCUAUCUAACUGUCAAUCUAUCUACCUCAGUCUUCUGAUGAUAUCGAUAUCCUUCUGUUCAUUAUCUAUCUAUCUAUCUAUCUAUCUAUCUAUCUAUCUAUCUAUCUAUCUAUCUAAGCCUGCACAUUAUCUAACUAUCUAUCUAUCUAUCUCAUCUAUUUCUAUCUAUCUAUCUAUCUAUCUAUCUAUCUAUCUAUCUAUCUAUCUAUCUAUCUCAAGCAUAACCACGACUCAUAAUCUCAAAACUUUGCAGGAAUGUUGCUAUUUUUCCUUUUAUGAAAUCUGCCAAAUCGUCCGACUAGUCGUCUUAACUUUCUCCUCCUCUCACUUACUUCCGGUCUGUUUCAUCAGCUGUCAAAAAAUGUCGUUUCAAUGCAACAGGACAACAUCAAAAAGGCGCCUCUCUCCUCUUUCUUCUUUCUCUCUCUUUUGUUCUUUUUCAGCUACAAACAUGUUAUUCUUUUUAAUGUUGAUCUUUAUUUCUUGUUUUCUUCUUAAAGGCGGGAAAAAGAUAUUUUGUUACUACAGCAGUUCCGCUAAUUCCCGAACUGGUGCCGGCAAGUAUUGGUCGGAGACGUUAACCAUUUCUAUCUUUCCUUCUUUCUUUCUUUCGUUAUUUCUUUUUUUACUCUCUUUCUUUCUUUCUUUCUUUCUUUCUUUCUUUCUUUCUUGCCAAAUCUCCUUAUUGUAUAAUACAUUUGACGAGGAAGCGAAAACUACACAACGAGAGAAAUUAAUGCUGACCCUCGCCACAGCGUCCAGUAAUUUUUACAUUUCAAAAGCUUAUGAACCAGAAAAAAUCAUCAAAUAUGUUGACUAUAUGCUCCUAAUGACUUACAAUUAUCAUGGCUCGGGGUGGGAGAAAAACACCGGACAUCACAGUCCACUGUGGUCUCACGAAAAUGAUCCACCGGGAGAACAACAAGAACUUCAUCAGCAAUGGUCGAUAAACUUGUGGUUAUCCUACGGCGUUCCGAAAGAAAAACUAAUCGUCGGCCUCCCGACCUAUGGACUUUCCUUCAGACUGCAGGACCCGGAUGUGUCUGGUGUUCACGCCCCAGCUGACGGCGGAGCCACCAAAGGCAAAUACACAGGCGAAAAGGCUGUAACUCUCCUCUCCCUCCUCCUCUUCUCCCUCCUCCUCUUCUCCCUCCUCUCCUUCCUAUUCUUCUAUUUCCCUUCAUCUCUCGUUCUCUACCACUCUUCCUCCCCGUCUACCUUUCUUCCUCCCUCCAUCUCUCUUCCUCCUUCUUCCUCCUCUUUCUCUCCUUUCCCAUUCUCCCUUCCUAUCUUCAUCUUCUUCUCUGUUCUCCCUUCUCCGUUUCUUUUGAUCUCCUUUUCUCCCCCACUCUCUUUCUCUCCUUUUCCUGCUCUCCCUUCCUCACGUCUUAUCUUUCACCCGUUCUCCUUCUCUCUCUCUCUCUCUGUUUAUUCUUCUCCCUCCCUCUCUUUUUUCCUUCUUCCUUUCUCCCUCACUCUCGUUCUCCUCCUUCUUAUUCUCCUUCUGUUUUCCCUCUUCCUAUCCUUCUCCCGUGCUUUCUCCCUCUCUCCCUCUCCUUCCCCGUUCUCCCUCCUCCUCUUCCUCCUCAUCAUCCCGUUCUCCCUCCCUCUCUUCCUAUCCUUCUCCCGUUCAUUCUCCCUCUCUGCUUAUUCUUCUUCCGUUCUCCCUCCCUAUACCACUUCCAUUCUCCCUCCCUCCCUCUCCAUUUGCGAAAAAAUUCAGUUGGAAAAUUGGACGGUGAAGUGGAUUCACAGUCAAGAGGUUCCAUUUGCCUACGGCAAUCAUGAAUGGGUCGGAUUCGAAAGCCCUGACAGUAUUACAAUAAAGGCUAAUAAUAUCAUGCAGCGAAAUCUUGGUGGAGCUUUUGUAUGGUCACUAGAAAUGGACGACUUCAGUGGUCAUUGUGGGGAGAUAAAGUAUCCAUUGCUCACUGCCGUGUAUGACAGUUUAUCGCCACUCUAUGAGACCGAUGAACACCUCUCAGAAGCAGGAGCUAAGCCGCCUACUUCUCAAAAAGAAUCUGUUCAAUUUCAUUGCAACGACCUCGGCCUGGGUUUAUUUUCAGAUCCUGGUUCUUUCGGAGCCUGUCACGUGAUACAACAAAAUUAUAAAAACAAAACACGUGUAAACUCUCUCUCUCUCUCUCUCUCUCUCUCUCUCUCUCUCUCUCUCUCUCGUCUCAUUCCUUGCUGCUAA